AACACAACCCCAUCUUUUCCUCCACUGCGCUGCCCUGCCAGCACCACUCACCUCUCCACAGCUCCACACAUCUCCCUUUCCCCUCCCUUGUUCUUCCUCUCCUUGCACGCACACGGCCAAGAUCCACACCAAGAAACGGAGAUCCUUACUUGCUUGCUAGCUAGCAGCAGUUGAAGAUCGGCAUGGGAGAUCACGAGCUGAUGCAUGCUGCUCAUCCGGCCAUGUACAACAGCAACAACGGCGGCGCCGGGGCCGUCUCGAAUGGCGCCGGCGCCAUGUGGUGGAACACGGUGCCCGCGGCAGCGUGCUCCACGGAGCAGCUCGCUGCCGGGUUUGGCGGCACCUGGCAGUCCGCUCUAGCAGGUUCUGGCUACGACGUCGUGGCGGCGGCCGACGGCGGAAAGGCGAAGAGCUGCGCCGCUGCCGCCACCCCGGCCUCCUCCGAGUCUCCUGGCAACAACAGCUCCAUCACCUUCCAAGAACCCACCGGCUGCUGCCUCAACGAUCCCGCUGCUGCCGCCGGGUUCACCGAUUGGAACCACACUUACAUGAGCAACGGUACUGGGGCUGGUAAUAAUCUUCAUGGGUUUCUGCAAGUUGGCCACGUCCAGGACAACAACAUGAGCGCCGCCAGAGCCGACCACAGCAUGAACGCGUCAAGCUUGAUGAGCAACAACCUAGACCUAGCGCUGCAAGGCAGCGGCAGCCACCAGGAGCAGCAGCUGCUGUCUGGCCUCGGGCAGCAGGCGGAGCUGCUGCUGUCCCCAACCUCGCCCUACGGGUUCCACUCCUCCUCGCUGCUCCGGAGCCUCAUGGAUAAUCAGCCCACGGCCAAGCCGGGGAUCCAGCAGCAGCAGCAGCAGCAGUAUAAUCAGUAUGGCCAGCAGCAGCAGAUGGUGCAUGGUGGCCAGAUCAGCUCGCAGGCGGCAGCUGGGGCCGGCAGGGGUGCGCUUCAGUUCACCAACGACGCCGCGUUCUGGAAUAAUAACCCUUCUGCUGCUGCCGGGUUUGGUGUCAUGAUGGCUGCGCCGGCCGCCGAUCAGGCUUCCAUGCGUGCCGUCAAGCAAUCGUCGCCGGCGCCGCCGCGGGCGGCUAACCUUGCAUUAAAGACUGUUUUAGAAGGAGUAGGAGACUCCAGCUCAAUCACUACCAGCAGGAAGAAGGCCAGCGGCGAGCCGGCGUUCAAGAAACCAAGAAUGGAGACGCCGUCGCCAUUGCCCACCUUCAAGGUUAGGAAGGAGAAGCUAGGGGACAGGAUCACAGCACUCCAACAGCUCGUCUCUCCUUUCGGAAAGACGGACACUGCGUCGGUGCUCCACGAGACCAUCGAGUACGUCAAGUUCCUCCACGACCAAGUUGGUGUGCUUAGUGCUCCGUACUUGAAGAACGGCAAUCAUCAUCACCAUCAAGUGCCACAAUACCUCAAGAGCUCGAGUGCAAGCCCUGACAAGCCGUCGAAGGACGGCAGCGAGGUGUCGCUCAAGGGCCGGGGGCUGUGCCUGGUGCCGAUCUCGAGCACGUUCGCGGUGGCCAGCGAGGUGCCCGUCGACUUCUGGACCCCGUUCGGGGCCGGCUUCAGGUAGAGGAGAAGAAGAAGACGAAGAAGAAGCCUAGCUUAAUUGGAUCAGAAGCUAGGAACGUAUGAUCAUAAUUGAUCUGUAACAGAUAAUAGUAGUACUACUGCAUGCUGAAGACGAAGGUAGCGAACGAGAGCUAGAUAAGCCUUUGGUGAAGAUGAAGGUACGUAGCGAUGGAGCUAGGUGAACCUUUGGAAUGAGUGCUUGAAGACUUGGAUUCAUUCUUCAGGUUCAUCAGGGAAUAAUUGUCAAUGAGUUAAAUUAGUUAAGGGGAACCAGCUGCUAGCCGAGACAAGACUGAAAAUUAUGCAUGGACUCAUCAAGUGAUCAUCGAUUGGGUUCGUACGUAUGAUUUGGUUGUUAGGUUUGCAUCAUUGAGCAGUUGUGGAACAGUUUGUGUAAGAAUUAGUUUGUUUAGUAGUACUACCACUUUAAUUUCAGUGAUGGAUGGAUCAAAGUCGAUCCUGUCUGUAGCAGGUUUAAUUCUCUACGGAUUAUUGUAGUACCAAAUAAAAGUGGCAUGCACCUCUCUUUGAUUGAUCUCA